AUGUUAACUCUUUUUUUAUUGCUGCAUUACUUAAAUGGAUAACCAUGUGCCACUCCUGUUACAUUGAUUGGUACAACAUAAACUAGUGGGGUCUGCACACCUCCAGGUUUACAUUUAAAUUCAUUUUCUAGUUCCUGGAGCUUCCCUUAUUAAAUUCCCUUUUGCUACCUUAGGUGCUACUACAGAAGAUGCUGUCAAGUUCUCUGUCUCUUUUUGGCUUAAACCUCCUAGUGCACCUACAUUGGGUGGUAAAACCUAUGGUAUUCUUCGGGUAAGUAUGGAUACUGCAGAUACAAUCCCUACAAGUACAGAAGGAAUUAGAUUGGCAGUGUACUUUUCACUUGACUCAGUUAAUAGAGGAUUCUAUUUAGGAUACUCAGAAUCACCUAGUGAUCCUAUACUUUACACAGAUAUUACUUAGAUGGCUGCUGCAUAUACAGGUGAUUGGAUGUUCAUUUAUGCAGGUUUAGAUUAUACUAUUGGAGAAUUAAGUAAUCUUUAAUAACAAUAUAUUAGAAAUAAGCACUUGGGAAACUAAAUAAAUAUUUUGGCAACAAAAGAAAUUCUCAGCUUCAAAGGUUAAUUUCAAUACACCAUUGUCAACAGACACGGCUAUUGAAGCAUUGUACUGGGGGUCAUAAGAUAGUUUUUGCGGGGACAUUAAAAAGUUAAAUUGGAUGCCUAAUUACUAUGAGGCUAUAGAUGAAAAUAUAUUUAAAUUAGCUUACUUCCUAGAAGGAAAAACCAAUGCAGGAUGCUAUUUAUAUCGUUUUGAUAAAGUAGAUAAAAACACUGUUACCAACCUUGCAAGUUCAGGAACCCUAACUUUACAAUAAAAUAUGAAAUUUACAUAUUAUGAACUGGAUUUAUCUAAUCCUGUUCUAACUAUUCCAGUUGCUAAAUGGACUACUACUACAAGAUCUUAUACUUUUGGAACCUAUAUUCUUUAGAAGAGUUUACCUCAAUUUGCAGCAGAUAUUAUAUUGUUUUAAAGAUAAACAUCAGGAGCAGUAAACUUAUUUUCUAUAAAAUUGGCACUACAAUCUAAUGGUAAAUUAGGAAUUUUAUUAACUUUGGAAACAGUGCCUAAAUUAAUAGCCUAAUUUGAUUGUCAGGUGGAUAAGUGGUAUUUUAUAUAAGUAUCAGUCGCUUUUGCAGGAAGCUUAUAAAGUUAGACUAAUACUCUAUCCCAUUAUCAUAUUGUAGCACCAGAUGGUUCAAUUUUAAGUGGAUAUGUUUAAAUUACUUAUACAGCUACAAUUAGUACAAAAUAUAAUGGAUCUGAUAAAUGUUACAUUGGAGAUGCACUAAACCCUUAUUAAGAUACUAUAUAAUUAAGACUACUCAGAUUUGAAGAAGGAUUUUAAAUAUUUAUGAACAGUCCUUGUUAGACAGAUUGCACAAUUGGAAGAUAUAGUUUAACAUCUUCUGAAAAUUAUUGCUAUGUUUGUAGUUUAGCUGCAAAAUUGGAUUCUACAUUUUUGUGUAGUACUAGUACUUGUUCUGCCAAUUAUUAUUUAAUAACUGAUAUGACAAGUCAUAAUUUCUGUGCAUUUUGUGAUUCAUCAUAAAGUUAUUAUGUAAAUCCUAGUUAAAUUUGCAUAAAAGCUGCUUGUGGAAAUGGUUAUAAAGAACCUCCUACUGAGGAUUGUGAUGAUAAUGGAACUACUGAUGGAGAUGGUUGUAGUUCUAGUUGUGUUUAUGAAAAGGGAUAUAAUUGUUCUCCAGCAACAGAUUAUUAAUUGACAACUUGUGUUAAAUAUUGUGGUAAUGGUGUUAGAGAUGAAGUUUUGACACCAGCUGCAUUAAGUUUUACAGAGGAAUGUGAUGAUGGUAAUAAUGUAUUAAAUGAUGGAUGCUCAGAUUGUGCAGUUGAUAAUGAUUUAUGGGAAUGUGGUUAUUCAUUUCCAUCUUAAUGUACAUUAUUAUGUGGUAAUGGGAAAUUGAAUAAUGAUGUUGCAUUUUCAUAAACUGAAUAAUGUGAUGAUGGUAAUACUUCUAAUGGUGAUGGAUGUGAUUCAUCUUGUUAAAUUGAACCUGAUUGGAUGUGUAGUGCAGUUCCAUUAUAAAUGAGUGCUUGUAUACUUAUAUGUGGAAAUGGUAGUUUAGAUGCUGGUGAACAAUGUGAUGAUGGUAAUGUGAUGGAUUUUGAUGGAUGUACUGGAUGUGUAAUAGAUGCAGGAUGGGAUUGUUCAGGUACAAUAUGUACUUAAUAUUGUGGUAAUGGUGUUAGGAAUGUGAUACCAGCUAAAUCAAUAAAUGAGAUUUGUGAUGAUGGAAACACUAUUUAAUAUGAUGGAUGUUAUUUAUGUUUAGUUGAAGUAGGUUGGACAUGUGAUGCAAAUAAUCCAAGUUAAUGUCAUAUGUGUGGUAAUAGUAAAAAAGAACCUUAUGAAUUUUGUGAUGACGGUAACACAGUUAGUCUAGAUGGGUGUAGUAGUACAUGUUAAAUAGAACCCUCAUGGACAUGUAAUGGUGGGAAUCCAGAUAUAUGUAAUAAUUGUGGAGAUGGCAAAAAACAAUAAAUUGAGGAUUGUGAUGAUGGUAAUCUUAGUCCUAAUGAUGGAUGCACAAGUUGCAAAGUUGAUUUGUAUUAUGAAUGUUCUGGUGGUUCACCUACAUCACCUGAUAUCUGUGUAAAAACUUGUCCAAAUGGCAUAGUUUCUGGAAAUGAAGAAUGUGAUGAUGGUAAUAAUGCAAGUGGUGAUGGGUGUUAUUUAUGUGUUAUUACAAUGGGAUUUGUAUGUGAUAAUUCAGUAUAACCUUCUGUAUGUAGUGUUGAUAUAUGUGGAAAUGGACAAUCUCAUUCAUUAAAUGAAGAUUGUGAUGAUGGUAAUAUUGUAGAUGGAGAUGGAUGUAAUGCUAGUUGUAAAAUUGAAAUUGGUUGGGAUUGUCCAACCAAAAUUAAGUGUUAACCUAUAUGUGGAGAUAGUAAGAAAGUGAUUGAUGUAGAAGAAUGUGAUGAUGGUAAUUUAAUAGAUGGAGAUGGAUGUAGUAGUAAUUGUAAGGUUGAAUUGUCAUAUUCUUGUGAGGGAGGUGAUUUGACCAAAAAAGAUAUUUGUAUUGUUACUUGUGGAAAUAAUGUUAGAGAUGCCAAAGAAGAAUGUGAUGAUGGUAAUGUUAGAAAUGGAGAUGGUUGUAGUAGUUUAUGUUUAAUUGAAACAUCUUUUGGUUGUUCAUAAGUCUUGAUGUAGGAUGAUGUUACUAGGGAUGAAUGUUAUCCUUGUAUUACAAAUUGUGCAAUAUGUACAGAUACAGAUAUUGAUGGAUGUCAAUUAUGUUAUCAUGGAUAUUAUAAAGCUGAGACAUCAUGUACAGAUGAUUGUGGUGAUAAUUAUUAUGCUGAUCCAUUUAUGUAAGCUUGUUUAAAAUGUGGAGAUAAUUGUAUGAGAUGUUAUAAUAAUGCUUAAUGUUUUAGAUGUAAAUCUCCUUAUGUUUUGGAUGGAACUUAAUGUGUAUUGAAAUGUUCAGAUGGAUAUUACAUUAAAGAACAUGAAUUAAAAGGAUAAUGGUGUAAGAAAUGUCCUAUUCAUUGUACAGUAUGUGAGACAGAAACAUUAUGUACAAGUUGUGAUGAUUAUUAUUCUCCUUUUGGUUCUUGUAAAUUCUGUGAUAUGGGAGAUUUGUGUUUAGCAUGUAAUUUUGAAUUAAAUACAUGUAUAAAGUGUAAAUUAGGUUAUAGACCUAUAGAAGAUAAAUGUAUUAAGAUUGAAGAUAAAUGUGGAGAUGGUUUGGUAUCAAUUAAUGAAAAAUGUGAUGAUGGUAAUCUUGCUAAUGAUGAUGGUUGUAGUAGAGAAUGUGCAAUAGAAGAAGGUGCUAAUUGUAGACUUGUAUAAAAUGAAGGACCUUCUGAAUGUUUUGAUACAUUAGGAUGGGAAUUUGAAUUAAAAUCAUUUAUUCUAGAUCCAUAACUCAUCUAACUUACAUUUACUGAUGAAAUUAAAUAUGAUGAUAUUAUUGUUAAGAAUAUUAGUACAUUAUUUACUUUAUCCAUUAAUGGAUUUACAGAACAAGAUUAUUCUUAUGAAUUUGUAAAUAAUAGUGGUUCAAAUUAAACAAUUUCUAUUUAAUUUACUUUCUUAAAAAAUGUUGUAUCACAAAGUCUUACAGUUACUUUGAAAGAUCAAACAAAAUUGACUAAUUAUUAUGAUGUGGCUAUUAAUCCUGAAAAGAUCACCAAAACUAUAGAUUUAGAAGAUAAAGAAUUUUAUAAUGACGCAGAAAUUGAAUUCUUUACUCUUCUUAGAAACUUAGCAUAUGGUUUAUAAAUAUUAAAUUGGAUAUUAAUGAUUGGAGCAGGAUUCUUAGAUUAAUAAUAUAGAAUUUGGAAAACUGUAGAAGUAUUAUAAGUAAUAUGUACUCUAUAUUAUAUAAAUGUGAGAUCUUAUCCUUUAAAUUCAGAAAUGUUACUUGUAGAUUUAAGAUAUAGUAAUUUAUAUAUACUACCAAAUUUUCUAUAAUAACAUACUGAAGAAUAUCUAUUGUCUUUAAGAAGAUUCUCAAUGGCUGGUUUAACUUAUUAAGUUAUCAAUAAUACUGGAGGAUUAUUCUUGUUUUAUCUAGCUAUUUCAUUAAUUGUUUAUGCAUUCACUAAAUUAGUAUAUCAUCGAUAUGUAUUUUAUGUUUUUGAAGUAUUUUUGGAUAAGUUAGAAUUUAGUUAUUUUUUCAAAUUUUAUGAAGUUUUUUUAUUAGAACUUUUAAUUAGUUGUUUACAUAAUGUUAAAUACAAUUCUAUGGCUUCAAAUUGGAGUGGUACUAACACAGUAAUAGCCUUAAUCUUAUUACUUUUUAUUAUUUUAGUUUAAGCAUCAUUUUUUUUAUUAGCAUUUUUUAGAGAUUAUUUUGGCACAGAAUCAGAAGUUAAAUCUAUGUUUGGUACUUUGACAGAUGGUUGUCAUGAUCAUGAUCGUAAACGUCGUGUUUUUAUGAGUCAAUAAGAUUUUAUCAAAAAGGUUUUUAUUGCUUAUGCUAUGAUAUAUGUUGAUGAUCCAUUCUAAUAAAUAUUACUUAUUAUUAUACCUAGAGCUCUUAUUGGUUUUGCAACAUGUUUCCUUAUGAAAGAUUGGUUCUUAAGAAUUAAAGAGAUAUCUUCAGAACUACUUCUUUAUGGAAUUAUUAGUCAAUCUUAUAUUUUAGCUUUAGGUGAUUUUGUAGGAGAUUUAGAAAAAAAAGUAUUCUAUGGAUCAUUGUGGGUAUAUAUGGUUUUAGCUUUUGAAUUAAUUCAUGGAUUAUGCAAUACAUAUUUAGUAUGGAGAUUAUUGUAUGUAUUAGAAUCUACAUUACCUUAAGAUGUUGAUCCUAAUGCUGGAGUGAAUACAAAGAUUGAUUUAUUCAAAUAGAGAGGAGGAAAAAAAGAGAGAGGCAAAACUUAAAGAGAACUUUAAGAAGAGGCAGAUAGAUUAGCAAAAUUGGAAGAAGCAAAAAGAAAGAAAUAAUUGGAAGCAGAAUAGGCAUAGAAGAAUUAAAAUAGAGAAAAAUGGAAUGUAUGGAAUAUGUAAAGGGAGGCUAAACCUGAAGAAAGGAAAUUUGUAUCUGUUAAACAUAAUGAAUUUGGUGAUGUUUUAGAACCUAUUUAACCAUCAAUUCCAAAACUAAAUUUAAAAUAAAAUGAUGAAUUAAAUAAUUUUGAUGAUUUUGAUUAAAUGGAGAAUUUCUUUGGAAAUCCUUCUAAAUCUGUUGUUAAUUAAUCUUAAGCAUUUGGUUAAACUGGAUAAUAAUUUAAAGUACCAUCUAUGAAUUAAACAUAAUAAAAAUUAAUGAAUUAAACUAUUACAAAUAAUUAGAAUUUAAAUUAAACAUAAAAAUCUUAAAAUCUUGCUUAACAAUGGUUAGGCAAUGAUACUUAAUAACCAUUAUUCUAAGAAUAAUCAUUUAAACCAGCUAGUGCAGCUUAAUAAUAAUAAAAAUCAUAAAUUAGUGGCUUUUAAUUCAAAUAAGAAGAUCCUCCAAAGAAAGAUGAUGUUAAUGAUUCAGAAUAAGAAUCAAUGAAUAAUGAUAAUCCAUUUGAUUUUUGA